AUGAACCGGCAGUCCUAUAGCAUCAGGGCUGGAGGAGGAGGAGGAGGCGGCGGCAGGGCUUUCACCGCCACCUCUGCCAUUGUCCCAAGUAGCAAUAGAUCUGGUUUCAGCUCACUUUCUCUUGCCAGAGCUGGCGGAGUUGGCUUCGGUGGUGGCGGUGGCGGCAGCAGUUUUGGAAGGAUCAGUAUUGGUGGCGGUGGAGGUGGCGGUGGCUUUGGCAGCAGGAGUCUUUAUAAUUUUGGUGGCAAUAGGAGAAUUUCCAGCAGCAGAGCAAGCAACCUCCGCAGUGGAUUUGGUGGCGGCGGCGGACUAGGUUUUGGUGGAGGGUCCGGCAGUGGAUUUGGUUUGGGUGGUGGAUCUGGUGGUGGGUAUGGCUUUGGCGGGGGAGCUGGAGGUGGUGGUUUUGGUUUGGGUGGUGGUGGAUUUGGUUUUGGUGGCGGACUUGGCGGAUCCAAAAGUUCCUUGGGCUUUGGUGGCGGUGGACCUGGAGCUGGUGGCACCAUCCAAGAAGUAACCAUUAACCAAAGUCUCCUGACGCCGCUCAAUUUGGAAAUUGAUCCUUCCAUCCAAGAGGUGCGGAAAGAGGAGAAGGAGCAGAUCAAGACUCUGAACAACAAGUUUGCUUCUUUCAUUGACAAGGUGAGACUUCGUUCAGCUGUUGUAGGAUAGUACAGGAAGAGAAGAAAACCAUGUUUAUGCUUUAUGUGAGGAUAAGGAGGUAGACUCAAGACAAACGCAUAUGUCUUAACAUGUAAGCAUACAGACAAGUUGAGUUUGGGUGGCUGGCUGGCUUACAAAUUCAGGUGUAUGUGUGUUAUAACAAUCUUCCUAGAGAUACACAAAAAAACCCAUUCAGAGUGUUUGUCAAAUCAUCAGAAUAUGAAUUUGAAUUUCACUUUUUAAGUUCAAGGUUUAGGAUAUUUCCUCUCCCCCCCCCCAUCAAAAAGUAGUCUAACUGAAUAGUUAAAAGUCUUGUUUCUUCAUUCUAAUCUAAAACCCAUCAACCAUAACUGGAAAUAUUGUGGAGGAAGGACUCAAGUGGGAGAAUAUAAAUUCAGCAUUUUUGUGAGCAAAUUUAAACUAGGGGAGGAUUUGGUUGAGCUUUCUGUUCACUCAAAAUUCAUUUUGGUUCUGUUCCUUUUAUCUGGGAAAGGAAAAUGAGGAUUUAGACUAUUUUUCAUGGAGCUACCAUUUAACUGAAUAAUUGCACAAUUUCUACCCCCUUUACUACUUAGCUUAGCAUGUUCUGCCUAAUGAAGGCCUCAGUUUUAGUUUCUGGCAUCUGCAUCUAAAAGGAUUUCAGGUGAUGGUAACGACCUCCCUGAGUCCCUGGAGAGUUACUGCCAGUCAGAGUAACCAAUAUUAGGGUAAAUUUACAAAUGCCCUGAUCAGGUUUAAGACGGCUUCCUGUGUUCUGUUCCUUGUGAGGUCUGCUCCAACAUGCCUCUCUCCAGACCACAACUCCCCAAAUCCCUGCUUGCACAUUUGCAAGGUUUUCUUCAGGGUCUGAUGCGUUUCAGUUUGAAGAUGCGAUGAGGCAAUCACACUGCCCCGUUUACUGCUUUUAUUUAUAAAAAUGUUUAUAUACUGCUAUUUCAUUUUAAAAUAUCAAAGCAGUUUACAGCAAAAUACAUAAAACCACACAGUAAGAACCAUAUAAAAUAGCGAGGCUAAGCUGGGAUGGGGUCACCAUACCAAUGUCAAAGCCACAUGUUAUUGUAAAUCAAGUUAUCUGCAUUUUUCACGAGGGUUGCCUGGAAAAAGAAACCCACACAAGCUGUUUCAGCUGUGAAGGGGCCGUAGCUCAGUGGUAGUCAACCUGCAGUAGGUCUACCUCUGGCACCUCCAGUUAAGAGGAUCUCAUAUGUGGCCCCGACCUGGCCACAGUGAUCCAUGCGAUGGUCACCUCCAGGCUUGACUACUGUAAUUCACUCUACGCGGGGCUGCCCUUGAAGCUGUCCCAGAAACUCCAGAGGGUGCAGAAUGCUGCAGCGAGGCUCCUCACGGGGUCUCUGCCAUGGGAGCAUAUUCACCCAGUGCUUUUCCAGCUGCAUUGGCUCCCGGUGCAGUACAGGGUCAGAUUUAAGGUGCUGGUUUUGACUUUUAAAGCCCUUCAGGGCCUAGGACCCUCGUACCUACGGGAUCGCCUCUCCUGGUAUGCCCCAUGGAGGACCUUAAGAUCCAUAUAUAGCAACACCCUAGAGGUCCCGGGCCCUAAGGAAGUUAGAUUAGCCUCAACCAGAGCCAGGGUCUUCUCAACACUGGCUCUGGCCUGGUGGAACACUCUGUCUCUUUAGACCAGGGCCCUGCGGGAUCUGAUUUCUUUCCGCAGGGCCUGUAAGACAGAGUUGUUCCGCCUGGCCUUUGGCUCAGCAUCAGUUUGAUUCCCUCCCCCUUUUUCUUUUUCCUUUCUCCUCCUAUGAUGAGAUUGCUCCCUAAUUGUUUUACUGUUGUAUCUUAAUCUUUUAAAUUGUAUUUUAAUCAACUUGUUUUUAUUAUUGGUUGUUAGCCACCCUGAGCCCGGUCUUGGCUGGGGAGGGUGGGGUAUAAAUAAAAAUGUACUAUUAUUAUUAUUGCAAUGUUGAGAAAGAUCAAUGGCUACUAGCCGUGAAAACAAUUUUGUGUUGGAGAUGGCAUGCUUCUGAAUACCAGUUGCUGUGAAUCACAGGUGGUGAGAGAGUUGUUGCAUUCAGGUCCUGCUUUCGCACUUCCCACAGGUUGGCCACUGUGAGAAGAAGAUUCUGGACUAGAUGGGCUUUAGGCCUGAUCCAGAGGGACUCCUCUUAAUACUGGGCUAGUUGAACUGGGAUUCUGAUUCUGUAGAAAGAGCUUCAUGUGUUCCUUUGUUUCAGGUCCGUUUUCUGGAGCAACAGAACAAGGUUCUGGAGACCAAGUGGACCCUCUUGCAGGAUCAAGGCUUGAAAACUGGUGCCAGCAAGAGCAACCUUGAUCCAUUCUUUGAGGCUUACAUUAAUAACCUAAGGAAACAGCUGGGAAGCCUGAUGAAUGAGAGGGGGCGGCUGGAUGGGGAGCUGAAGAGCAUGCAGGAUCUUGUUGAAGACUUCAAGACCAAGUAAGUGAAUAUCUGAUGGGGGGGCCAGAUAUUUAUUUGCUAUUCCAGCAGACUUGAGAGUGCAGAGUUAGAAAGUAUUAUUAUUAUUAUUUUGUAUCCCGCCCUUCAUCCAUAGAUCUCAGGGUUAAAGGGACGUGGGUGGUGCUGUGGUCUAAACCACUGAGCUUCUUGGGCUUGCCGAUCAGAAGGUCGGCAGUUCGAAUCCCCGCGACGGGGUGAGCUCCCGUUCCUCUGUCCCAGCUCCUGCCAACCUAGCAGUUUGAAAGCACGCCAGUGUGAGUAGAUAAAUAGGUACCACUGCAGCGAGAAAGUAAACGGCAUUUCCAUGCGCUCUGGUUUCUAUCACGGUGUCCCGUUGUGCCAGAAGUGGUUUAGUUAUGCUGGCCACAUGACCUGGAAAGCUGUCUGUGGACAAAUGUCGGCUCCCUUGGCCUGAAAGCGAAACGAGUGCUGCAACCCCAUAGUGGCCUUUGACUGGACUUAACUGUCCAGGGGUCCUUUACCUUACCUAGAUCUCAGGGUGGGUGACAAAAAAAUAACAAACCAAGAUAAAAACACAACAAAAUAAAAACAAAAGCAACCAAUAGCCUCACCAUCCCACAAAACACAUUUAAAAGGACAUAGAAUGUUAAUCAGCCAAAGGCUUGGGAGAAGAGAAACAUUUUUACCUGGUACAUAAAGGUGUAUAAUGAAGGCGUCACAUGAGCCUCCCUGAGGCAUCUCACAAACAGGGAGCCCCUGCAGAAAAGGCCCGUUCUUGUGUUGACACACUCUGGACCUCAUGUGGAGGAGGCACACAAAGAAGGGCCUCAGGAUGAUCUCAUGGUUCAUCUAGGUUCAUAUGGAGAGAGAUGGUCCUUGAGGUAUUGUGGUCCUGAAAUGUUUAAGACUUUAUAGGUCAAAACCAGCACUUUGAAUUGGGCCUGGAAACUAACUGGUAGCCACUACUGUUGGGCCAGUGUCAGUGUAAUAUGCUCAAAUCAUCUUGCCCUGGUGAUUAACCUGGCUGCCGAAUUCUUACUAGCUGCGGUUUUUGAAUCAUCUUCAUAGGCAGAGAUAGAAAGUAGCAGAGUAGCUGUAAUAAUGCCCACUUUAAUGUACCCUUGUUGGCUAAAUACAGAGGCUGUUCAGAUUCCCUCUGGUGUGUAGACUCUACAUACAAUGGGAUGCAUGCUAUAUGCAGUGUCAAAUGCAAUUGUCAUAGACAUAUGCAAGCACCCAUUCCUAUAUGUACUAUGUACUCCUGUAUACACAUAAUACAUUUUGCAAUAAAUAAAUAAUUUUAUUAUUUAUACCCCGCCCACCUGGCUGUGUUCCCCCAGCCACUCUGGGCAGCUUCCAGCACAUAUAAAAACAUAAUAAAACAUCCAACUUAACAACUUAAACUUAAUGUCAAACAUUUUAAACUCCCUGAUACAAAAUGAAAUGGAAAUGUUUUGUUUAUAUUGCACUGUGUCAUAUACAUCGAUGACAUUGUAUUAAUCACAUUUCCCUAGAUGUUAAAAGAGUAUAUUAGUGGUAUAAAAUUAUUCCUGUUGUGUAUAUUGGAUUCAUACUGGUAUUUCUGAAAAAUAACUUUGCAGUCGUGAUAGAUCAACGCUUUUCUCUUGGUCCAAAUGUAGAGUUGUGUUGUUUCAGACAAGUUAUUUAAAUAGGACCUUUCUUGAAUAUCUCCAAUAUAUGAAAAUAAGCCACUCUCUUACCCCUUCCAUAACUGCAACAACAUGGCAAUUAAAUAAAUGUCAAAGGCAACCUGAUUAAUAUCAGCGUAUGCCGAUAAAACAUUUUAUAGAAGCAAUUACUAAUAAUACCAGGGAGCAGUGGAAACUGGCUACUGACUCAAGACUGAAUCAUUCAGUCAUUCAUUUUUGAUGUGGUUGAAAUCAAGAGAAAUGGGCAUUUUUGGAGCUUCUUAGCAUGUUGGGCCAACUUUGCAAAUGCCACAACAAUAGUUCAGACUGCAGAGUGGCAAAUCUUUUCAAAGUGAGUCAAACCAGGAUAUGGUGAAUCAGAAUCUGGACAUUUUGCCUCAAGGCUUGGUUCAGCCCUCUUUAAGCUACUGGCUGAGAAAGCCAACUUUUUAAGUAACUGGGAAGACAUUAAUAUGGAAAAGCUGCUUGUGGGACAUACACAUAUGAACACAUAGAAGCUGAAUUAGCUGACAGCCAGACCACCUUCACUUAGAGAUGCUUCUCUUGGUCUGCCAUGAUCACACAUAUCUGUGCAGCAGCUCCACCUAAACACCAGAGAUACUCUAAGGCAGGUUACACCCUGCGGAAUAAGGACAGGAGCAUUACUCUCUGGUAGCUGGUCUUCUCUGUAUCACUGGGACUUUGUUUUGUUGCUCCUCCUGCAAGAGCAAGAUGGUAAACCUACCAUAUGAGAAGAAUUAAGUACACUGACUAGGCCUCAGUGAGAGGGAGAGAAGAUCCAGUUUAGGGGGAUUGUAACAUCUGCUAAAGGGACACGGGUGGCACUGUGGUGUAAACCACUGAGCCUUGGGCUUGCUGAUCGGAAGGUUGGUGGUUUGAAUCCCCGCACCGGGGUGAGCUCCCUUUACUCGGUCCCUGCUCCUGCCAACCUAGCAGUUCGAAAGCAUGUCAAAGUGCAAGUAGAUAAAUAGGUACCUCUCUGGCAGGAAGGUAAACAGCAUUUCCCGUGUGCUGCUUCUGGUUUUGCCAGAAGCGGCUUAGUCAUGCUGGUCACAUGACCCGGAAAAACUGUCUGCGGACAAACGUUUGCUCCCUUGGCCAGUAAAGCGAGAUGAGUGCCACAACCCCAGAGUCGUCCGUGACUGGACUUAACUGUCAGGGGUCCUUUACCUUUACCUUAACAUCUGCCAGUCCUGACAAUUGAAGUGAGCCAGUAGUUAGGCUUUGAGGACUAUUUUGCUUGACAGUUCUUUUCUUGGUUCAGAUAUAUUCGAUUUCUUUGUUUUUCUUUUGUUUGUCCCAAUGAGCUUAAGGAAGGGGAUUUGUAUGUAAGAUAGGCAUGGGCAGAAGUGGUGAAGGGAGAGGGGCAGGCCAGGUAGAGGAAACGAAGGGUUAGGCCAAGUGUGAGGAGCCUUUGGCCCUCCUGAUGUUUUUGAAUCCUCAUCAUCCCCAGCAAUUGGCCAUGAAGGAUGGGACUGAUGACAAGUCAACUGUCCCUCACACCUGGGUUAAGCGUGUUCUGGAAUUUGCCUCAGCCAUGAAGAAGCUUUGCUGGUUCCUAUUGAGUGUUAAGGCAUCGAGGUUGAGUGCCAAGUUGGUGCAUACUCAAACAAUGUCCUGGAUUAAGGUACCAAUUGGCAAUGUACCACCAAGACUUGGUUGGACUACGCAGGCCAGAUAUGCCCACUUUGAUUACCCUCUUGAUGUUACUAUGAUUAUUACUCUUUAACAGUUGGAGCUACCCUGGGGACUGAAAUGAUCUGAACAGAAGGGUUUAAUGCUUUAGAAAAAUGGGGUGUGCAUGUGUGUGUCAAAAUCUGUCAGCAGAGGUUAGGAGUGGUCAAAUCUGUCAAUUUUGGUCUCUCUCACUUUCUCAUUUUUUAAAUAUUAAAUUCAGUUCUCCACAUUUCCAUAGCAAUUUGAUUUUUUAAAAAACAGAAUUUAAUUUGAAUUUCUCCUAAUACACUUAUUUUGGAUGCAGUUUUACUAAUAAACUGAUUACUGCAAGCAAUUUCCCCUAAUAUAAUGCAUUCUGUGACUGUAUAACCUAUUAUCUUGCAUGUUACUUUUACGGCUGUAUGCAUUCUGUUGCACACUUUGCCUUAACAUAUGCAUAUUUUACACACUGGCUGGAGAACUGCAUCAAAUUGCAGAGAACUUUCAAGGACAAUUUUGGUUUGCAUAUUGGUUUGACAAGUGUGAAUUAGUUGGUUUCUCAUCAAGAUGCAAAUAAAACUAGAUUUCUCCCCCAUCCCUGCCUGAGGCAGGUGGCCUCACUGCUUCAUGGUAGGGCCAGUCCUGGUUCUCAUAGCUAGUGCAAAGAUAAAGUAACUCGUAAAGGUUUCAAUUGGCACGAAGCCAGUUUGCGCAGGGGAAACUCCCAAAACCCAGAUGACACAAUGAGGGCUACUAUCUCAGACCACACCACGAUGACACAAUGAGACCUGUCAGUCAAAGGUGGAAUUAAUGUGAGAGUUUGCCUCCAGAUCAGAUUGGCUAAUGAGAAUUGGGGAUUUAAUUGCUUUCGUCUGGAGCUUGUGGAUUGCCUCACCUGCUUGAGUCAUCCAUGGAGGGAAUUUGCUUUGCAAGCGCAUCUGUGCUUCUAUGCACCUCUGCAAUGUGCAGGCUGCUAGGGAUAGGCUACUGGUUUUGUGCUAUGCUACAUAGCUGUCAAUGUUUCCCAUUUUUUAAGGGAAAUUCCCUUAUUCUGAAUAGGAUUCCUCGCAAGAAAAGGGAAAAGUUGACAGCUAUGCUACUAACAUGAACAUUAUUUCUUGUAUGACUUUAUUUUUCAUUGGCAUGUACAAUUCCUCAAGCAGCCCCCCACCCCCACCCCAAGAUUAAGCAGCCAUUUGUUCUGGAGCAGAGAAAUCAAGAGAAAGAGGAAUACCUCUAGAGCCCAAAUUCAAUUACCCUGGCUGCCAUUCAGCUCCAAGCCUGAAAACCAAUGGACCCUGUCACAGUCGGUGAAAGGAGUGCCACAACCUCUCCAGCCAAGUCCCACAGCAUCUUCCUUGACUGUUAAGGUUAACAGAUGGAAGUUGGAACCUUUGGCUUCAGCUUUACAUGCUUUCUUAACUCCUGAAAGGCAAAACUGACACCCAGUAGUUUACUUGUUUGGUUAUUAUGAUUAUUUUAAUUGAGGUGGCUUCCAAAGUUUAAAAACAAAACUAUUAAAAUAGCAAUUCCAAAAGCACACCCAUUAAUUACAAAGCAGCAAGAAAGGCAUGUAAAACAGCACAACUCAAUGAAACAUUAAAGGUAAAGGUAAAGGAGCCCCUGACCAUUAGGUUCAGUUGUGACCGACUCUGGGGUUGCGGCGCUCAUCUCGCUUUACUGGCCGAGGGAGCCGGCGUACAGCUUCCGGGUCAUGUGGCCAGCAUGACUAAGCCACUUCUGGUGAACCAGAGCAGCACACAGAAACACCGUUUACCUUCCCACCGGAGUGGUACCAAUUUAUCUAUUUGCACUUUGACAUGCUUUCGAACUGCUAGGUUGGCAGGAGCAGGGACUGAGCAACGGGAGCUCACCCCGUCGUGGGGAUUCGAACCGCCGACCUUCUGAUCAGCAAGUCCUAGGCUCUGUGGUUUAACUCACAGCGCCACCCGCGUCCCUAUAAUGAAACAUUAGAAGACUGAAAAGGAAACAAAGUCAUAGCCUGCUGUAUAAAACUCAGCAAGCAAAGUGAGCAGGUUGGAGGAAAGCAUUUUUGAGUUGGGGUGCCAACACAGGAAAGUCCCUUUUCCAAGUUGCCAUGCACCUUCAUGAUGAAGGCUCCCUAAGAAGGACUUUUGACAGACAGAUUCCUGUGAGAGCUGGUGGUCCUUGCAACUGAAACCAAAGGAUGCCUCGGGGUCGGGGGUGGGGAAUAUGGAUACACCUUGAGUGAUGCAUCCAAAGAAUUUGGGAAGCAAAUUGCCAAAGAUAAAAUUUCUCAGGUUUUGUUUUGUUUGCUGAUAUCUAAUGAUCUGCUGAUAUCUAAUGAUCACCUGUGGACUGUACAGCUAGGUCCUUUGAGAUCACCCCCAUCCAGCACAGAGAUUGCCUCCAUCCAUAAAGGCAAUGGCUAUAUGGGGUACUAACCAGUUGACUAAUGGCAGCUUCAAUGGUAAUUGAAUAUUUUGAGAAUGUUUUUGAAAUUUGGAGGAAAUUCAGGCCAAAGGCUCACAGACGUAUGCUUGCAUAAUAUUUUCAUAUGCUACUUUGAUAUAUGGGUGCGACUGUUGAAUUUAAAUGUCACAGAAGCUGAGCCAACUAAUUUUCCAUCCAAAUGAUCCCAGAUAAAUUCUUAAAUUAAUUUGUACUUCAGUUGAUAUCUCAAAGAUACCACUCCAUACCAAAUCAGGUUCCCUUUCAAUUAACCCCAUCCAUUAUACCAAAAACAUCACUAUAUAAAAUCACCUUACGUUAUUCCUACAAAUCAAUAGCUUAGUGAGUAAAUCAAAUCACAAACACACCCAUUCAUUUCCCCCUGAAUUCAUGUACCAAUCAGAAACACUCAGGGCACAUACAAAAAAAUAUGGGGGUCUAUGUUCUGCAGGCACACUCCUAACAACACCCUAAUUUGGGGGGGGGUAUUUUUCUGCAGAUAUAUAGGAUGAGCAGAGUCAAAGACUCUGCAAUCAGGGCCCUUAUCCUAACAUCAUAUCUACACACUGGGAACACACUGGAAGUAGAUAAGUUUUCAGAGGUGAUUUAUGGCAAUAAGUGCAAUAUGUGCUAUGUACGACAAUAUCAUUGUGGUUCAUUUUGAAAUGCCUAAAGGCACGUUGAAUAGAUGUAAUAGUUACAAACUGAAACUUUUUGCUUCUUGUACUGAUAGAUACGAAGAGGAAAUCAACCGGCGCACAUCUGCCGAAAAUGAGUUUGUCAUGCUCAAGAAGGUGAGGCUUCGUGCUCCGAAGGUUGAUGACCAGCUGAGUUAAUUAAGAGGGACCCAAUAUUAUAUCUGACCAAAUUAUGUUUCAUGCAUCAAGAAAAGGACUUGUUGGCUUGGUGUGACUUCUCUUGGUGCAUUUUGUACUAAGCUGGAGGGAAAUGUGCACAUAAGGCAUGAAUUCUGAGCCAGCUUUAAAAGCGAAUAUGCAGGGGCACUAUUUAAGGAAGGUGGCAGCUCUCCCUCUCCACAUGUGAUUAUUCUCCAGGACCAUCUGUAGCAAGCAUCUCACUGGUUCUAUAUUCUGAGUGACUUUUGAAGUAAGCAAAGGGUCAGCAUCUGGAGCUAAAUCUUUUACUAGCCUCCCACUUACAAACUUAGGGGCAAAAGAGUUGAGAAACUGGUGUCAGGAGGAGGUGAAUUUGUUCUAUGAGUGUCAGGAGGCAGUGAUUUCCAUCCUAUCCUGCGUUCAUCACAAUCAUUCCUGCUUCUAUUCCACUGCACUUCAACUUCUGCUAUGACCUACAUUAUUCAUCUUGCUAUCCACUAUGGCCAAAACUAAUGCAAUUAAAUAUGUAAUUAAUUACGUAAUUAACUUCAAUACAUUUCAAUGGAAGGGAAACAUUUUUAAAAAUGCAGAAAAUAAUGUAACUGUUAAUAUAACAUUUGUGGAUUUUAAAAAAGGAAGUAUAGUGGAUACUACUUACAUCUGCUUGUGUGGUUUGGGUUCCUGACCUCAGGCAAGUAUGCAAAUUGUGUCUACUUCUGCUCCCAUUUCUGUUCCUAAUACUAUUCCCUGAAACCCUUAAUUUGCUCUUAGGCCAUUUUCUGGACCAAGACACCAUCCACUAUUCCACAAAUCACCCUCCAGGAAGACUAGUUGCUGAGCAAAAUAGUGUCUGUGCUGACAAAGAUUGCUCUUUCUGAGAUAAAAAGGGAGCGAAAAAUAAUAACAAAAGCUUCUAAAGAACACUGCCUUUAUAACUCCAUAAUGAAUCUCCUUAAGAGUGGACAUUUGCAUCUUUUUUUUAUUGUGCCCAUUCACUGUUUUCUCUCGAAUGAAAUCUAAGCAAAGUUUAUUUAUGUAUUGAAUUGAUAUACUGCCAUAUACCCAAAGGUCUCAGGGAAGUUCACGGAACAAAAUCAAAAUAUAAAACCACAAAAAAUUGGUUUCUUACUGUCUUUUUAGGAUGUAGAUGCUGCCUACAUGAACAAGGUGGAGCUGGAGGCCAAGGUGGAUUCCCUGACCGAUGAACUCAACUUCCUGAGGGCCCUCUAUGAAUCGGUAUUCAGUCUUCCUCUUACCUUCAAAACAUAGACCUAAAAGUCAGGAUGAUAAAUGUUAAGACGGCAAUGUGAAGAAGCAUGACAUUUCUAAAUACCAUCCUUUCUUUUACAUUUUGCUUUCCCUCCUAAAUAUUUGGAUUUACAUUGUCCUAAUGUGAUUUCUCACAAACAAUGGUCCUAAUUUUAGAUGCUAUUAAUGAUGUCUAGAAGAAAGAUUUGAUGUUUCAUAUUAGAGAUCCAAAAUUCAUCUGCCACUGAAGAUUUGGAAUCUUCAGUUGUUAUUAUUGUUGUUGUUUGUUAUGAAUGUCAAGGUCUCCCCCGUGUGACCCUGCUCCCUAGAAAGCUGACCAUUUUGCAGAUGUGUGGUCACCUACCGAUCUGAUCCUGUCCCACCCCAAUAACCCCCAAAACAUGAAAUGUUUUCUAACCAAAUUUUGUCUCCUAUGUUUUCCAGGAGCUAGCUCAGUUGCAGGCCUCCAUGUCUGAUACUGCUGUCAUCCUCUCGAUGGAUAACAAUCGAGACUUGGACCUGAAUGGCAUUGUUUCUGAGGUGAAAGCACAAUAUGAAGACAUUGCCAACAGGAGCCGAGCUGAAGCAGAAGCAUGGUACCAAACUAAGGUGAGCAGUUCUAGCAUGGAAGGUGGCCUUGGACCCUGGUACAUCCAGAGGACACUUCUGAUAAAACAUGGGUCUGGAGAUGCUUAAGAUCUUUCAAGCUUGGUGGGGAGGUUGAAAUGGAGUAAAUAUGAAGCAAUUGGGGGGGGCAGUCAUAGUUAAGCAGGGAAGGAAAGAAUUAAAUGCCAGCUCCCCAACUGCUGUGAUCCCAGUAAUUAUCAGUCUCUCCUCUGCCACUGUGGCUGCUAUUUCCAUUUUAAAGAAUGUGUCUACAAAAUGCAAGGGUGCAUUUAACAUGUCACAUCUAGUUUGGUCUACAAGAUGUCACAAUCUAGUCUCAAGAUUCCUGUUAUAAAUCUUAUCUCCAUAUUGGAUUGUGGCCAGGAUAGUCCCAGAAAUCCACUUGCACAACAGUUUGAAUCCUGCUUCCUGAUGAGAAAUAGAGAAAGUCCACAUGGGCUACUCUAACUUUCUAAGCAGUCUAAUAUCUUGAGCCAAAAACACAUUCAGAACAUGAGAGACUAAUUCAGAUAUCAAAUUUGCAAAGUUCACCCAUGUGGCAUGGCCUUUCAGCUGAGAUGUGACUGAAUUGAGUGUUAGGUGCCAGCAAUUGGCAGUCCCUAAAUUAACUGGUCAUUAACCAGUUAGCUGCCUGAAGGAUGAGAGGCACCAUUACCGUAUUUUUCGCUCUAUAAGAUGCACCAGACCACAAGACGCACCUAGUUUUUGGAGGAGGAAAACAAGAAAAAAAUAUAUUCUGAAUCUCAGAAGCCAAAACAGCAAGAGGGAUCGCUGUGCCGUGAAAGCAGUACUCCCUCUUGCUCUGCUUGCUUCAGCGAUAGCUGCACAGCCUUCAUUCGCUCCAUAAGAUGCACACACAUUUCCCCUUACUUUUUAGGAGGGAAAAAGUGAGUCUUAUAGAGCAAAAAUACAGUACUUUUUAAUACCAGUCAGUGAGGAAAAACAGCGAAUUUUUUUUUUGCUGGAUUUGCCUGUAGGUUUCCUCCAUAAUUAUCUAGUUGGCCACACUGGGGAAACAGGAUGCUAGCUAGAUCCAACAGUGCUCUUCUUAGCUUCUUCAAUCCGGUCCUCUUGGUGAUGCCAUUUGGACCUCCCAACAGCCAAUGCCAGAAAUGAGUGUGGAUGAGCAGAAUCUUUGAAAAUGGGCUUUCUCAGAUCGAGGGCAUUCAUUGCUGACCAGGGCUGCGUAAUUGUGUCUUUCCUUCAACCCAUCUCUGCCUUCCCUUCCCUUCCCUGCUGUAAUAGUUUGAGGAGCUCCAAGCUAGUGCAGGGAAGCAUGGCGAUGAUCUGCGUAAUACUAAAGGAGAAAUUUCAGAGCUCAACCGGAUGAUUCAAAGGAUACGGUCAGAAAUUGAAAACGCCAGGAACCAGGUAAGAAAAUCUGUAAUUGAUGCAAUGUUCUCUCUCAGUAGGCAACGUAGCAAUGCUUUAAAAGGCAAGUGUUGGUUAAGGGUCACAUGACAGAGGCCAUCUGCAUUGGAUAGCCUUGCCAAUACUUUGUGGGGUGGCAGGGAGAGGAAGGCCUGUUUUUGGCUGGAACUUUGUAAAAGUGUGGGAAUUCAUCAAAAUGAAAACUGACAAUAGAAUCUGGGAAGGACGGAAAUAAAAUUUAUAUCCCAAAAUGAGCAGCCCUGUGUACAUAGACUCAAAAGCAAGUUCACGCCUUACAAAAUAGAAUUGCAGCCUCAUUUAUUCAAAGACUAAGAAAUAAAUGAAUGCAUGAUGAUAGCAGGAAUAUUUACAGUAAUAAUCAUGAUUGCAAUAAUAGCAAUAAUAAUGAAUGUACAAAUACUAAUGACUAAAGAGGACAAGGAAUUUAACAACACCUCCUUUCUUACAGUGUGCAAAUCUGCAGACAGCUAUUGCGGAUUCUGAGGAGCGAGGUGAAUUAGCUCUCAAAGAUGCCAGAGCCAAGCUCAUUGACUUGGAAGAUGCUCUACAGAAAGCUAAGGAAGAAAUGACCCGCCUACUGCGGGAGUACCAGGAGCUCAUGAAUGUCAAACUGGCACUGGAUAUUGAAAUUGCCACCUACAGGAAGCUGCUGGAAGGGGAGGAGAACAGGUGAGCUGGAUAAAGUGAUCAUAACUUUAUGAGCUGCUUCAGUUUCUUUUUGCAGGGGACUCUAUGUGGAGAUGAAACAAUAUCUGCAAUGGCACAACUCUAUCAAUGGAUGCCUGUUAAGUUUGCUUUGUCUGGCUCCUGGUACUUUUCUGAGCACAAUUCAAAGUGUUGGUGCUAACCUUUAAAGCUCUAAACAGCCUUGGCCCAGUAUACCUGAAGUCUCUACCCCCGUCACUCAGCUGAGGUCCAGCUCUGAGGGCCUUCUGGUGGUUAUCUCACUGUGAGAAGUGAGGUUACAUGGAACCAGGCAGAGGGCCUUCUCAGUAGUGGUGCCUUCCUUGUGGAACACCCUCCCAUCAGAUGUCAAGGAAAUAAACAACUAUCUGACUUUCAGAAGACAUCUGAGGGCAGCCCUAUUUAGGGAAGCUUUUUAAGGAUUUAUGUUUUAUUAUGUUUUUAGAUAUGUUGUAAGCUGCCCAGAGUGGCUGGGGAAACCCAGCCAGAUGGGCGGGGUAUAAAUAAUCAAAUUAUUAUUAUUAUAAAUUGCAAGAAUAAGUAAUACAACAUUUGAUUAUCUUCUUCAAACACAAAAUAAAAUGUUUCUUGUGAAUUGUGAUGGAGUGUUUGUUGCAGUAGGAAAAGCAGUGCUCCUUGUGGUGCAAUGGACUUUGAGAGUCUUUGAGGUAUUGCUCUAAGUUUACAGCUCAGAUCUUAAGCAUCAAUAUCUUUGCUUCCAUUGUGCAUCAAUUAUUUUUCCAAAUUCUUGCAGAUCUUAAGUACAUUUUCAGUAGAUUUUUUGUUGAUACUGUAUAUACCACACAGGAAGCCAAAUAGGGAAAUAUAUUGUUGUAGCUGUUGGAAACUCUAUUUAACAGAUAACAUUGUCCCUUAUAUAUACAACAGACCAUAUUCAUUGUAAUAGAUGAGCCAUUUUUCAUUUUGCUAUUUCUUCUUCAACAGGCUAACUGGAGAAGGAGUCAAUCCUGUAAGCAUCUGUAAGUAUCAUGAGCAUUUUAUUUUAUUUGCCUGGUCCAGAAUAAGUUAUUAAUAAUGUGAUGAUGAUUAGUUCAUUUAUUCCCAAAUGGUGCAUGGAGUACACUGUGCACCACAAGAAGGGCAAAGUGUUAGGAAUGGUGAAGAAAUUCAUUCAGCAAUUUGCGUUUCUUGAACCAGUGCAUCCAUUAAAACUGACACGCCUACUGAAACACAACUGUACUUCCAAAUUUGCACCUCCAAAUUUUUCAACAGUUAUAUAUCCAGCCAAGAGCUGGAUAUAAAAAGUCCAUUAUUAGAAGGAAAUGUGCAUGAAAUAUUAGCAAAUAUAAUAUAUUACAAUAUAAUAAUUGGGAAAAUUGCAUGCAAAAGAGAACAUUUGCAAAUAAAAAUGCUUAUAUUAGAGUAAGCGUGCACAAAACGCAUACAUAUUUCCGUGCAGAAUGACAACAACAAAGGCCAGAUUUAGCUAAGUUGUUGCAUGCAUGGAAUGAGGUCUGCUCAUGCAAUGGUACUUUGCCCCUUUCACCCACCUCCCAUGCCCCUGUACCCCCUAAAUCCCCACAACAGUUCUAGGGGGCACAUAGGGUACAGAGGGGGAGGAGAGAGGACAGUCCUGCUGUGCAAGUAGACCUCAUUCAACACAUGCACACCCCACUUAACACCAUGUUGAAUUCCACCCAAACUAAUGUGGACUGAACUUAACACUGGAAAAUUUAGAAGCUGGGAGAAACUGAAUAUUUCAGAUCUCCGGCCCCAGCUGGUGUGCCUUGAUGAACUAAGCUGCCAUGUUAGACAUUUCCACGACUCUUUCCACGCAGCAUUGAUCAUUGCUCUUUCUCUCUCUCCCUCUGCCAAUAUCUGGACACUGACAUCAUUACAAAGGAGUAAUGAUGCACAGGGAAUUCCUGCACUACAGAUUAUAGGCAUAGGUGUGGGGGAGUCCCUAUAAUUCAGAAAGCAGCAUCCCAUCUCUGAGGCCCAAAUGACUGAGCAAACGGACAGGAGAGAGGGAUGCCAGGAGACAAGAUUAAACAGGCUGUCCCAGAGUUGCAAGGCAGGAGACGCAUCUCUUGGUAUGUGAGAGUGGAAGGAGCUUGCAGUUUUAAUCUGGGGAGAGGCUAUGCCCCAGCUGCCAAAUGUUUUGGAAACCCUGGAGAAGAUCUUGAAGGGCUGCCAUCCCAGUUAGGCACCUGAUCGGAUUCCUUCCUUGGUAUUUCAUUCCAGGCAGCAGCUUCUUCCAGCGCUACCAGCUGGGAACAAUAGCACACAGCUGGGGCUGUUCCAAGGAAAAGGCUGGCCCCUUUUUCCCAGGGAGAUUCCCACAGUCACCAUGGGAAGGGAGCUGCACAGUGUUGUAAGCAAGCAAGGCUCUUAGUGGCAAGUUCCCAUUGACUGCCUUGGACCAGGAGGGGUGGCAUAAAAGCAGCAAGUUGGUUUGUCCAGUGGACAUCCACUCUGCUGAGGAUCACAGGACUUUUCUCCUAAGUCCCAUAACACAGGAGGAAAGCCUGCUGAUUCAGCCCAAUCUUCCUCCUCCUCCUUCUACCAGUCUCCUCCAAGGGGCUUCUUCCUCAGCCAUGCCCUCUCCUUUUAUCACCAGCAAACCAGCUCUCUUCUUGCUUUCAAAUAGGAUGGAGUAUCUUUCCCCUCUUCUUGCCUUCCACCUAUGGUGAGAUGUCCAGAUCAAAAUCCCAGUCAGGUAGCUCAUGAGAGUGAUGAGCACUGUUGCUGUGGGAAUUCCCCAUUCACUCCUACCCACCAUUGGAUCAUGCGCUCAACUCCUGCUGUCUAUCCAUACAUACUCCAUUUCCAUGCACUCUGGCUUCCAUCACGGUGUCCCGUUGCACCAGAAGUAGUUUAGUCAUGCUGGCCACAUGACCAGUCUGUGGACAAAUGCUGGCUCCCUUGGCCUGAAAGCUAGAUGAGCACCUCAACCCCAUAGACACCUUUGAAUGGACUUAACCAUCCAGGGGUCCUUUACCUUAUUUUUUACAUGUCCUCCUUCACUGAUCCAUAGUUGCAUCCAUCAGUGGUGAAGACCAGUGGGGCUAAAAUAGCAAAAGAAAAACAGUAAAUUUUGGCAAUUAAUUCUCUCCCCCCACCCCACCCCAGACUAUGAGUUGAUGAUUGUACCUGAUACCUAGGAAUGGAGAAGAAAGUUGCUUCAGUUCUCAAUUUGAUGUGAACCAAUAUAAUUUCCUGAAACAAUAUGCAAGCUUGAAACACAGCCAUCCUUCAAAAUUCACACUGAAUUUUGGAACUAAGUUCUCCAAAAACAAUGUGUGCAAAUAUGUAUGUUAGGGGGAAACUUCCAUUUAAAUGCAAUGAGGGAGAAUUAUAUACCAAAAUGCAUAUGGAAACUGUUUGCAAAAAUGUGUAUAACGUGCACUAAAAUGCUGGUGAAUUUUCAGAACUUUUAAAAAUAGUCGUACCUCGGAAGUCGAAUGCCUUGCGAGUCGAAUGUUUUGGCUCCCGAAUGCCGCAAACCCAGAAGUGAUUGUUCUGGUUUGCAAACCUUCUUUGGAACCCGAAUGUCCAUUGUGGCUUCUGAUUGGCUGCAGGAGCUUCCUGCAGACAAUAGGAAGCCGCGCCUUGGUUUCCAAACGUUUUGGAAGUCGAAGGCUUCCGGAACGGAUUCUGUUUGACUUCCGAGGUACGACCGUAUAUGCAAACUGCUAUGGAAAUUGAACUUAAUAUUAGAAACAUGAAUAACAGGGGUGGGGAGAUGGAAUUGUCUAGUUUGUCAACCCCAUGGGCACCUAAUAAACUUUCCCCUUUCCCCCCACAGCUGUUGUCAGCUCCAGUGCAGGCGGUGGUGGCGGUGGAGGAGGUGGCGGCCUUGGAGGAGGAUUUGGCGGUCUUGGUCUUGGAGGUGGCGGCGGUGGAUUUGGCGGUCUUGGUCUUGGAGGAGGAGGAGGCGGAUUUGGUGGUCUUGGUUUUGGAGGAGGAGGCGGCGGCGGAUUUGGUGGUCUUGGUCUUGGUCUUGGAGGAGGAGGAGGGGGAUUUGGUGGUCUUAGCUUUGGAGGAGGAGGCGGCGGAGGCAGCAGCAGUGGGUUUAGCUCAGGAGGGGGCAAUUUCAGCUCUGGGAGUGGAAAAGGCACUGGGGGAGGAAGCAGCUCUGGUGUGA